GCAAAAGAAUGUCCUCAUUACAGAAAGAGCUAUUCAAAAAGUCGAAAUUACCUCCACUAGAAAGUGUACAAGAGGAUGAAGGAAUGGAUAGUGGCGCAAAGUACGCAAUUAAGCUAGACUCUUUUUUAGAAUGACAGCUAACGUGAACCUGUUCGAUCCACCAGUGACGAUCGCAAUACAAAGAAGUUGCUAUCAAACCGGGCCAAAUACAGUCCUUACUCCUGGGAAGACUAUUUUGAAGAGUGCAAGGAUGUUACAAUAACAAAUAGCAGCGACAUAUCCUUUAAUAGCGAUUUGUAGCAUUUUUGAGCUCGUUAUUCUUUGUUAUUCCUUAACCUACUUUGGACACAUCUUUCGCAUUUAUAGAAACAAGUCAAAAUCAGAAAAGGGCCCUAUUUUUAUUAUGCAUCACGGCGCAGGGUCUUCUGGGUUGACAUUCGGAUUAACAGCUAGAUACAUCAAAGAAUUGACACGAGGAGAAUGUGGCGUUAUGGCGAUCGACUGCAGAGGACAUGGCGCAAGUAGAGUCCAAAAUGAUGACGGCGACUUUUCGUUGGAAACUUUGACAGAUGAUUUGAUACGUAUUAUCCAGCAAACCGUUGAUAUUCAUCAGGAGAUCAUUUUGGUUGGCCACAGUAUGGGAGGAGCGGUUGUAGUAAACGCAGCUUGUAAGAAGACCCUCAGAAAUAUAACAGGAGUAACUGUCCUGGACGUCGUUGAAGGUUCAGCUAUAGAUGCCUUAUCAUCUAUGACCAAGAUCCUCAAUUCUAGACCAAAGACGUUCACCUCUGUGGAGCAGGCUAUAUUAUGGAGUCUGCAGUCAAAAACCGUACACACAACUGAAUCAGCUCGGUUAUCCAUCCCUGCUCUUAUUGAGCGUACUGAGGAAGGAAAUUAUAAAUGGAUCACAGACUUAGUCAGGACACAACCAUUUUGGGAGAAAUGGUUCACAGGGUUGAGUGAGAAGUUCCUGAACACAGGAGCAGCAAAAUUACUUAUUCUAGCGGGGACGGACAGACUUGAUAAACCAUUGAUUAUAGGCCAAAUGCAAGGCAAGUUUCAACUUAAUAUCUUUCCUGAAUCGGGUCAUUUCGUCCAAGAAGAUACGCCCAUGAAAACAGCGGCCUGCUUAGUUGAAUUUUGGAGAAGAAAUAGAAAAUUGAUUAUCAUGGAGCAUGCUCCAAGUUCCAUAAAAAGCUACGAAAUGAAGAGCUACUUUGGUCGAAAAGUUGCGAUUGAUGCUUCCAUGAGCAUAUACCAGUUUAUGAUUGCUGUUCGUCAGCAGGAUGGUCAGCUACUUCAGAAUGAAGAAGGAGAAACAACUAGUCAUUUGAUGGGUAUGUUUUAUCGAACAGUAAGGAUGGUUGAUAACGGUUUGAAACCCGUCUAUGUGUUUGACGGUAAACCUCCAAUGCUGAAGUCAGGUGAGUUGGCAAAAAGAAAAGCUCGUAAGGAAGAGGCACAACUCAAAAUGGAAGAAGCCAACGAAGUGGGUACCAAGGAGGACAUCCAUCGUUUCACCAAACGUACAGUGCGAGUUACCACAGUUCAUAACGAUGAAUGUAAACAACUUCUAAAGUUAAUGGGCAUCCCUUAUGUGGAAGCGCCAUGUGAAGCUGAAGCUCAGUGUGCUGAAUUAGCCCGUUCUGGCAAAGUGUUCGCAGCUGCCUCAGAAGACAUGGAUACCCUCACCUUCAAAUCACCUAUUUUAUUGCGUCACUUGACAUUCUCUGAAGCGAGAAAAAUGCCUAUUGAUGAAGUACACCUAGAUAAGGUUCUGGAAGGAUUAGGAUUCACAAUGGAACAGUUUGUCGACUUGUGUAUUUUAUGUGGCUGCGAUUAUACGGAAUCCAUAAAAGGCGUUGGACCAAAGAGUGCAUAUACUUUGAUUAAAGAACAUAAAACAAUUGACGAAGCCAUAAACCAUUUAUCAGCCAAACAGAAAGAGAAUAUCCCUGAAGAUUGGAAAUAUGCCGAAGCUCGGGAGCUCUUCCUAAAACCUGAGGUUACUCCAGGCGAUCAAAUUGAGUUCAACUGGAAUGAACCAGAUGUAGAAGGUCUUGUCGACUUUAUGGUGAAGAAAAAAGGAUUUUCUGAGGAACGUAUCAGAGCAGGCUGUGAAAAAUUGUCGAGAAACCUCAAGAAAGCAACACAAACAAGAGUGCAGGAUUUUUUCAAAGUACUCCCUUCAUCGUCUUCAAAGCCAGAUGAUAAGAAAAGAAAGAAUAGUAAAGAUGCUGCUAAUGCUAAGAAGAGAAAGACGAAGAAAUAAAGCGAUGACCAAUUUCCGGUACAGCUUACAAAUGCAGAAGUUAUAC